CGGCUCCAAUCGUCAUAUGCACGGUUGGUUAGCUCCUGCCUCAUGUCUGCCGAUAACACCACUUCUGCCGACCACCUCCGCACCACUUGCUUGAAUAAACCUAUCUACCCAGUCUCUUAUUUCUAUCAAUCGGAAUCAACGGCAAUACACUUUACUAUACCCUCUGCUCUUACAUGUCAGUCUUUCUUCUUACUAGACAGGCUAUAAUUAAACCAGUCAAUUUUACUACUCGUUCCUCUUCAUAUUUCUUUUCUACUUGUUUAAAACUGUCAUUCAAGUCGAUUCGAAAACCGCUCUCCGUUUCGAUUCGUGAAAAUACCCCCCAUCUAGAUCUAUUCAUUCAAACACAACAAUGGCGCCAUCAGAGAGCUCUCUGAUGGCCAUCGUGCCUCUGGCCAGCGGCAGCGUCCUGCUCCCCGGGGUCAUGCAGCGCAUUCCGGUCGGUGCCAAACGAGCCGAUAUCAUCUCCCUUGUCGGCUCUCUCUACGGGCGAGCUCCGGCCCCAGGUCGCAUCGACACCAUCCCCAUCGCUUGCGUUCCGAUAGCAUCUCCACUCCUCGGCGCGAACGGUCAACGACUCAUUCGAGACAAGGCUAAGAGCGAUGUUUCCACUGCACGGCCAAGACGACCAGUAGACUAUUCGACCUUGCAACAUAGAGAUGUCUUUUCGGUCGGCGUUGUUGCUAAGAUCACGGCUGUUGAGGCCUGGGGCAGCGAGGACGCGGCAAUCUUGGUCGAAGGCGUAGCCAGGAUGACUCUGGAGAGCUUGGACAAAGACCUACUUCGCGCCCAUUACGAGGGCCAUAUUAUACAACAUGAAGAGCACGUGCCCGUCAACGACAAAGACCUCCAGAGGCGAUUCGAAAGGCUCAAAACUCUAGCGCGGGAGUUAAUAGAUCUUCUGAGGCUCACAUCCAUAACUUCGCGGCCUCGGCUGGGUCUGGACCCUGUGUUGGCUAGGCGGCUCGACUCGUACAUGGCUAAGAGGACUGUCGCCGACGCGGGUUCGUUUGCUGACUUUGUCGGAACCUUGGUUGACUGUGCAUAUGAAGACAAGCUUGAGAUUUUGGCCACCUUUGACGUCAAGCAACGUGUGGACAAGGUCAUCGAGCUACUCGAUCGUACCAUUGGAGGGCUCAAGAGCAUUACCCGGAUCACAACUGUCACAGCGGCAGUGCCGAUGAGAAUCACAGAUGCGCAGAACCCCAACUUACCCCCGCCUUUCAUCAGGCGAGGUGUUGGGCCAUUUUCUGCGCCUCAUAAUGUUCAGGGCGGUCAAGAGCCCGAGGAAAAGGAGCCCGACGAGACUGAAGAGUUGCAGAAGAAGCUGGAUGACGCAAAGCUCAGCCCCGAGGCCGCCAAGGUUGCCGCUCGCGAGAUGAAGCGCCUGAAGAAGAUGAUGCCUGUCCAGGCCGAAUACAGCGUCCUCCGCACUUAUCUGGAGACGUUGGCUGAGAUCCCCUGGUCACUCACCACGGAUGAUCGUCUCGACAAGACGGCUUUGGGCAGAGCGAGGAAACAGCUUGACGAUGAUCACCACGGCUUGAGCAAGGUCAAGCAGCGUCUUGUAGAAUACCUUGCUGUGCUCCGUCUCAAGCAAUCUGCAAAUGAGGAGAUCGAUGCGCAGAUUAAGCGGAUCCAAGAAGAGAUGGUACCGCCACUUGAAGGGGAAUCGGCGGAUUACCCAGAGCCAGGCUUGACCAAGGCUUCUCAGGAGAGCUUAGACGCGGCACAGGCCAAGAUUGACAUGCUCAAAAGUCGUCGGAUGACGGACAAGUCCCCAAUUCUCCUCUUGGCAGGACCUCCAGGUGUUGGCAAGACCAGUUUGGCAAAGUCUGUUGCAACUGCUCUCGGCAGAAAAUUCCACAGGAUAUCGCUGGGCGGCGUGCGGGACGAGGCCGAAAUUCGCGGUCACCGACGCACGUAUGUUGCUGCUAUGCCUGGUCUGAUUAUCCAGGGCCUCAAAAAGACGGGCGUCUCCAACCCAGUAAUUCUGCUGGACGAGAUUGACAAGAUUAGCCAGAGCAACCACCAUGGGGAUCCAUCAGCUGCGAUGCUGGAGGUUCUGGACCCGGAGCAGAAUGCUACCUUCGUGGACCAUUUCAUUAACAUUCCGGUCGACCUGAGCAAGGUGCUGUUCAUAGCCACGGCCAACAGUCUUGAGACCAUCCCUCCGCCUCUGCUGGACCGUUUGGAAAUGAUCUAUUUAUCCGGCUAUACCACGUUGGAAAAGAGGCACAUUGCCACAAAUCAUCUUGUGCCAAAGCAAAUCCGUGCCAACGGACUUUCUCCUGAGCAGAUCGUUUUCCCCGAGGAGGUGGUCUCUAAGAUCAUCGAGUCUUACACACGUGAGGCAGGGGUCCGCAACUUAGAGAGAGAAAUUGGUUCCGUCUGUCGAGCCAAGGCGGUCGAGUACGCUGAUGCGAAGGACGAUAACCGCCUUGACCAGUACCGGGCACAACUGACUGUUGAAGACAUUGAACAUAUUCUCGGCAGUGCCAAGUACGAGGAUGAGAUUGCUGAGCAGGAAGGCAGACCUGGAGUAGUUACGGGCUUGGUCGCCUACAGCUCGGGCGGAAAUGGCAGUAUCUUGUUCAUUGAGGUGGCUGACAUGCCCGGUGACGGCUCGGUCCAACACACGGGCCAGCUUGGUGACGUACUGAAAGAGAGCGCCAGAGUGGCCCUAUCCUGGGUCAAGGCCAACGCAUUUCAGCUUGGCCUUUCCCCAGAUCCCAGAGAGAAGAUCAUGGAGAACCGUAGCAUCCAUGUCCACUGCCCUGCGGGCGCCAUACCAAAGGAUGGUCCCAGCAGCGGUAUCGCACAGGCCAUUGCUCUCAUCUCACUCUUUUCCGGCAAGAUCGUGCCGCCCACCAUGGCCAUGACGGGCGAAAUCUCACUACGUGGACGUGUCACUGCCGUCGGAGGAAUCAAGGAAAAGCUUAUUGGCGCCCUCCGUGCGGGCGUCAAGACGGUGCUACUCCCGAAGCAGAAUGAGAAGGACGUUCAGGAUCUGCCGCAAGAGGUGAAGGACGGUUUGAAAAUCAUUCUGGUCAGUGAGAUAUGGGAAGCCAUCCGUCAUGUGUGGCCCGAGGAGCAUUUCCCAGGAGAGCCCAAAUACCCUGGUCUCUAUAGUCGACUCUAAAGCCGCGGUAACCAGACUAAGGUACCUAGGCAACGUGUCACGUCCAAUCAUCAGCCUGGGGCCGUUGAUUGUCUGUGAAGAUUGCAGACUUUAAGGUCAUUUCGUUGCCAGAGAAUGCAUGUCUCAGAGGCUCUCCUAUGGGAACAACGUUUUCACCAGGCAAGCGAGCGAGGUGUAAUCACUACGAUUGCCCGUGGCUCAGACAUGCUGCGGGGAUUUUCUUUCCUGUUAGAGUUUGAAGUCGAUCGUGUUUGCUGUCUUUUGACGCAAUUCGCCGCUCAUUUUCAGCCGGUAUCACAGGCGCACAAGGUGGAAACCAGUAAGAGGCGCAUGUAAUCAAUCUUCAGGCUGUACAGAAUGUCUUCAAUAUUUGGGUUUUUGUGCCGAGAACAUCAUUCGCCCGACGGGAUUGAUUUGAGCCCCGACUUGGUCCAGAUUCGACAAGGGCAUACCACCGCAAGGCCACCCGUUGUUGCGGGUAUACAACCUUCACACCCCUUCACACCUCUGGCUCCGGGAUGCGACUUAGAGGAGGUCGCACGGCGAUGAGCACAUCCCCGUGCAAGGGAGGAUGGAGAGUCAACUAGGUUUAAGGAGAUUAUGGAGGUGCGGCCAGUGGUAGAUGCAGAUAAUCCCGAAGGGAUAAGAUAACCUCCGGCUACCAGGUCCUGUGGUCGACCCAAUCUGCAAGUAUGGGCCGAGCAUGUCAAGCCAGUUCUUGGCGACUGCAAAGGUCGAUAGACGGAGGACUGGGGGGAGAUGUGGAGUUUCAUGUCGUCUGUUGCGGCGCAAACAAACUUUGAUCUGGCAUCUAAAGGAGCGUCUUCCACUGUAUCAUACGUUUCUAGAAGUGUUGGGGCCGCAACACUUUGUACUUUUUAGUUGUAUAUGAGACGUGGAAAAAAAGGAAAAAAAAUUGACCAACAGCAUCGACACUAUA